GGAGACGACUCUAGACUUAUGGCGGCGUCAGCGGCGGCCCUGGCAGUGCGGCUGUCGCGCUCGGUCGCGAACCGCGGCUCCUAUGGCGCCUUUUGCAAGCGGCUAACUCGCACGCUGCUCGCCUUCUUCGACCUGGCCUGGCGACUGCGCAUGAACUUCCCCUACUUCUACCUCGUGGCCUCCGUGAUUCUCAACGUGCGCCUGCAGGUACAUAUUUAGAGCCACUGCUAACUCUGUGGAAUUUGGGGAUCCCCUGGU